AUGUCGACCUCGGUCUUUGAGUGGCACCCUGCCAAGUUGCUCCAGGCUCGAGACGACUUCCACGAGUUUGCAUUGUUGGUCCUCAACCAACCCCUGAAAACCAGCGCAAUCCUACGCAGGCUGUGGAGGAAUGCCCAGCUCAGGGUCGCCGCUGACGGCGGAGCCAACAGGCUGCUUGAGCUUUCUUCUUUCCAGGGAAAGUUUUCGAAUCUACAAGCCAUCAUCGGCGACUUGGAUUCCCUCUCCCCCUCUGUGAGGGAUUUUUACUCUUCGCAGCCAACCCCCGCUCAAGUCAUCCACGAUUCAGAUCAAGAGUCGGCGGAUUUCGGCAAGGCCAUCAACUGGAUUCGUAAAGCGCAGCCCAAGGCUCUGGAUAUCGUGGCAUUGGGGGGCAUAGGCGGUCGCGUGGACCAAGGCCUGAGCCAGCUGCAUCACCUACACCUGUUUCAACAGGAUCCUGCCUAUGGCACGGGCCGCAUAUACCUGCUGUCUGGCUCCAGCUUGACGUUUUUGCUGAAACCAGGAAGUCACAGGAUUAAUGUCAAGGAAGAAGGGGAAGACGUGCUGUUCGGCAAGCACGUGGGGAUUAUUCCCUUGCAGGGACCUAGCCGCAUCACGACGAAAGGCUUGGAAUGGGAUGUUGUCGACUGGGAAUCCCGAGUGGGAGGACAACUGAGCACGAGCAACCACGUACUGCCUCAAACUAAGUGUGUCGAGGUUCAUACCACGAAUGACGUGCUCUUCACCAUAGCGCUCCGCCAAUUCGAUGGCGAGGACGAAUCCUGA